CAGUACGAGCAUGAGUGUCGAGUGAAAAGGGAGCGGUGAGGAGAGGGAGAACGUAGAACCGGCGAGGCGAGUCAGUCGACUAUUAGUGAUCUGUGACUCUGGAGGUAGGCAGUAGGCCGACCACCGCAAAACCGAGCCCGACGCAGCUCGGUUGCGUUCGGUCGGUGUCGGUAGUCGGAGCCAGUCGGGCGCUCCGCUGUUCCUUUUCGGUCGGCUCUGCUCUGCUCUGCUCUGCUCGUUUUCCUUAGUCCGUCGUCGCGCUGCGCAUCGAAAACAGUUGCUGCAUCCUUUCUUCUUCGUCAAAGCUAGUAGCACCCGAACGGGGAGUUACUGUAGUACCCUGUGUAUCUCUUAUUCCGCGCUAUGUGACGGAUAUCGGGGGGCACCGAGCGUACCCCGCCUCCUCUUCGUCUUUGUAUCAUUCCCACCCUCGUCCUCCUCUCUGCUCGCGUUCUCCUUUUUUGUCCAGAGAAAGAGAGAAAGAGCACGUUGUAAACGCAGGCGGGCAGACAGGCAGGCAAGCAAGCAAGCAAGCAAGCAGGCAGGCAGGCAAGCAGACAGACAGACACGUACGAACGCGUACGCAAGUAAGUACAUAGUACGUACGUACGCAGCCAGGCACUCGCCGACGCAGGGGCCACGAGGGCCCCGUGAAAUCGUGUCUACGAGGAAACAUGGAGUGUCCACAUCUCGUGCAAAGCGUUCAAUUCGGCGGUAACGACGUAGAAGCAAACUGCACAAAGGAUCUACCGUUCGUCUGCGCAGUAUGCGGCAGCGAGAAGAGUACGUGGCUCUGUCUGUAUUGCGGAGCUGUUCACUGCGGACGAUACGUGGCAGGCCACGCGUUGCAGCAUCAUGAGGAAAAUACUCAGCACUGCGUUUGCAUCGAUUGUGAGAACCUAGCAGUAUUCUGUUACCUGUGCGAUGAGUACGUCGUCAACGACACGACGAACGAACAAAUCGAGAAAAUACGUCGCGUCACGUUCCGGAAAGACGAGCACAAAGAAAACGAGGAGAAUUGGAACAUGUCGCCGUCUACGACGCCGUCCUCGAGGAGAGCCAAUGGCAGCGACAAUGACAACGAGAACGAGAACGACAACGACUCGGCGGACGCGCUAUGGAAGGCGGAAGUUGUCGUGAGGAACCUCCGGCCGAGGACGGCGCGGAAGAGGCUACACUCGUUGGACGGGACGAGCGGAGACAAUCGGCCGGCGACCAAGCGUAGGAGUUCCAAGAUAACCAAAGAGAAAAAGGUCGUCGGCCUAAGGAAUCUCGGCAACACCUGUUUCAUGAACGUCGUUCUCCAGUCGUUCAACAACAUCAGCCACUUUUGCGAAUAUCUCACGCAAAUGCCGUGCCUCGAAGGGAUACCCUUCGACGAGGCACCCUCUCACAGAGGACGGAUCGUCACCCCUGGACGGGCGAAAGAGUUCAUGAGCGACGCUCUGCUCGCGGAGGAGCUCAGAAAAGUUCUGCUCGGUUUGAAUCUGGGUGGGUCGAAUGGCCAGGCUAUCUCGCCCGAGUGCCUCUUCCUCGUUAUAUGGAAAGUGGUACCGAGAUUUCGGGGAUACCAGCAGCAAGACGCUCACGAGUUUCUCACCUACAUGCUGGACAGGCUGCACACGGAACUGCUGCAGCUGCUGCCUAGACUGGGUCACGAACCUCUAGGUCUGCGCGGCAAGCAGAGCAUCGUCACAGCCGUGUUCGGAGGCACUCUUCUCAGCGUGGUCCAUUGUAUGAACUGCCGUACAGAUUCGAAGACGCACGAGCCCUUCCAAGAUCUCUCGUUGGACAUACCCGACAGGCUGCAGAGACGAACGAAGGAACAGGAAGAGGUGUGCAGUCUCACCUACAGUCUAUCGAGAUUCUUCAAAGUGGAGGAACUGGCCGACAGCGAGCUGUACUUCUGCGACAACUGCAUGGGAAAACAGAGAUCCACCAAGAGGUUUUGGAUACACAGGCUGCCUAAUGUAUUGUGCCUUCACAUUAAAAGAUUUAGGUGGUGCAACUCUUAUCGGUCGAAGGUCGAUACGCAGGUGGAUUUUCCGAUGAAGUCUCUCGACAUGUCCCCGUUCACGGUACGCGGCGUUAGCGGAACGAAACUGGGCACCUCGAACAGCCACCUCUACGACUUAGCUGCCGUUAUCGUGCACCAUGGUUCAGGUGCUGGAACUGGACACUACACUGCCUUCGCUGUUCACGACGGACAAUGGUUUCACUUUAACGACAGCUCUGUACGACCAGCAACCACGGAUGCGGUCGCGAAGUGCAAGCCUUACAUUCUGUUUUACGUGAGAAAAGAGUUCUCCAUUCCGCCCCCCUUGUGACGUCAUUUACCCAAUCGGAACCGUCCCGAUGGCGAGAGCCUCGACGACGACUACGAUGACGAUGACGACGAGGACGACUUAGACGACGAGAACGACGGCGACGAUCGACCGAGCAACGGCCAACCAAACCACAAAGUCGAUCGGUGUAUACUAUGAACUGCCGAACGGAAGAGGAAUCCUGGAUUUCUUCGAGUUUCUAAAAUUGGGAGGAGGGAAGCGAAUAAUCGUCAAGUUUUUCUUGUCCAGCAAUUCUUUCCUUUAAGCAUGGUCAAGUAGAACCUGUCUCUUUAAUUACUUAACCGGAUCUAACACGAAUCUCGAUAUCGUAUACCAAUAUAUCAGGCACGAUGACGGAAUCGAGCAGUUUCCUAAUUUCAGAGCACCAGCGAUCUUUUACCACGCGAUAGUUAGCAUCGAGCGCUUGUACGCGUUAGCGGUACUCAGGGCAGUAUCCCAUCUAGGAUAGAGAGUUUUAUCGUUGCGUACCAACGUGCAUCGUGCAUCGUGCAUCGUGCAUCGUGUAUAGUGUAUAGUGCAUACCGAUCCGAUUAACCGUUUCCAUGUACGCACACGGCACGGCAAUACACGCACGAAUACAGGUGCACGCAUAGGGCGUGCUUCCUUUCCUUUUUAGAAACGACGAGGGAAGAAAGAAAACGUGCUCCGCGAGGCACACAGAGAUCACGGAAAUGCGUUGCCUUUAACGUUGAUUUUUCUUCGCGUCCAGUCUCUCUCUGACCCUUUCCCCUCCCCUUCUCUUCUCUUCCCUCUUUCUCUCUCUAUCGGACGAUGGUCAACGACCAUCGACUUCAUCGAACCGAUCAACAGACUCCCAAUCGUACAGCAUAGCGGCAUAACGCCUGAUGCGUACACAUACAUAGCUUUGAUCAAAGCGAAAACGACUGAUCUUCUUGGUAGUUAGGUUCUUUCGUAGACUUGCAAUUAGAGAGCGACGUUCGCGUUAUUAGCGUUAUUCGCGAGGGAGUUGGAACCCUUCAUCCUCGGCCACUUAAUACGCGUUUUCUCAUCGAAUGUUAUCACACACAGGAAUACGACACGAGUAUACACACGCGAACCGUUUUACAUAAGUAUUCGUUGGCAAGAUACACGUAUGUAUGCAUGUAUGUAUACAGACACGACGUUCUCUCUUUUUCCCUGAUCCUCUUUUCAUCGUCCAGGGAUCCCCCUAAGGCUCGGCGACUCUUAUGUGAUUAUUUAAAGACUUAUUUUUUCUAUAACGAUAAUAAUUUAAAGAACGGUGAAAAACGUAGUGACGAAACGUUUUGUUAAGGCGAUAAACUCGAUAAUCGUGUAUCUUCGAAAAGCCAACGCGAAAAUUGAAAGAGUACGAGCAUGCGACACACUGUUAUCGAGGGCAAACGAGAUAUGUACGAACGACGUAUAAAUAAAGAACAUGAACUGAU